CAGACAGUGGCUGUUCGCUCCUGGACUCCUUUCAGGAUCACUUGCUGAAUGCUGCUGCUGACCGCAGUCCACGUUCAUUGUUCAGUCUCCACUCGGACCAACUGGUCCUGCGAGUUAUUCUCUGGGCAGGUGUGUGGUGUAGCCUUUCACAUAUCGAGCUGGCAGCGCAGAGGAUCAGGAGGGACCAGCACUGCUGCUGCUCAGGCUGCUGCACGGACACUGCGUCUCUUUGGGGACAAACCUGUUUUUUGUUUCUCCGCCUCACUUCAAGCCAAAGUCUUCGGGCACAGCCAUGAGGUCGGUGAUCGCCUGUCUGCUGCUCGUCCUCUGCUCUGCGGGGUUUAUUGUGGGUAAACCAGCCUCGUCGCCCUCCUGUCCGAGCGGACGGUUCAUGCUGAAGAGCCAGUGUGUCCUCUGUCAUCCCACCUGCUCCGAGUGCGUCGGACAUGAGCUGUUUGAAUGUACUACCUGUGGAGUUGAUGAAGAUGGACAGGAACGUUUCCUCCACCAAGGUCGCUGUCGAACACAUUGCCCCCGGGGACUCUAUCCUGACAGGGGUCACUAUGCCUGCCUGCCCUGCAUCACCAAUUGUGAACUCUGCACAGAUGGCAACAUAUGUGCCAAAUGCCGGGAAAACUACAAACUCCAGAAUGGGGUCUGCCAAACGGCAUCCUGUAACACGGGGCAGGUGCAGGACCCUGAUACAGGAGAGUGCAUUGACUGUGAGAUGGGCUGUAAAACGUGUUCCACAGACGACCCUGAGAUCUGCAGCAGCUGUCUUGAAGGUUACUUCCUGUGAGUUUCUUGCUUUAUUAUUCUGUCUUCCCCUAU